GGUGCGAGGGACGGGGGUAGGGGGCUGGGCAGGCAUCGGUGUCGCCUCGCAGGGAACAGUUGGGUGGCUUCCAGCUUAUGCCAGGAGUCUCCUCCUCACCCGCACAUCGCGGGGCUAGGAUGGGAUGUCGUGGCUGCCAAAUCCUCCGAGGCGACUCCUGCCUGGGACGGCCUACCAUAGGAUGGGCCUGAGAAUCCGGAGCGCAGGCUCGGGCCGCUAGGACACCUUCCCCCACCCGCGGACCCAGCCUUCCAGCAUCACCAGGGUUCGCGGAGGAGAAAGAGGAAAGGCGUUUGGCCUGCCAAGGCCGCCGUAGCGAGGGGGCGGGGCCCGGAAGAGCAGGAUGGCGGCGCGGGACAGUGACAGCGAAGAGGAUCUGGUCAGCUAUGGGACCGGGCUGGAGCCUCUGGAAGAAGGUGAAAGACCAAAGAAACCAAUCCCUCUUCAGGAUCAGACUGUCAGAGAUGAAAAAGGAAGGUAUAAACGAUUCCACGGGGCCUUUAGCGGAGGUUUCUCUGCUGGAUACUUCAAUACUGUUGGCUCAAAAGAAGGAUGGACACCCUCUACCUUUGUGUCUUCACGACAGAACAGAGCAGACAAAUCUGUUCUUGGUCCUGAAGAUUUUAUGGAUGAAGAGGAUCUUAGUGAAUUUGGGAUAGCACCUAAAGCGAUUGUCACCACAGACGAUUUUGCCUCCAAAACCAAAGACAGAAUACGAGAAAAGGCUAGGCAGUUGGCCGCUGCCACUGCCCCUAUUCCUGGAGCCACCCUCCUUGAUGACCUCAUAACGCCAGCAAAAUUAUCUGUUGGUUUCGAAUUGCUAAGAAAAAUGGGUUGGAAAGAAGGACAAGGAGUUGGUCCUCGAGUAAAGAGACGGCCACGCCGACAGAAACCUGAUCCUGGAGUCAAAAUCUAUGGCUGUGCAUUACCCCCUGGAAGCUCGGAAGGAUCUGAGGGUGAAGAUGAUGACUACUUGCCUGAUAAUGUGACCUUUGCACCCAAAGAUGUCACACCUGUGGAUUUCACACCUAAAGAUAAUGUGCAUGGUCUGGCUUACAAGGGCCUGGAUCCCCACCAGGCACUGUUUGGAACUUCGGGAGAACAUUUUAAUCUUUUCAGUGGUGGUUCUGAGAGAGCUGGCGAUCUUGGAGAAAUUGGACUGAAUAAAGGGAGAAAAUUGGGAAUUUCAGGCCAGGCUUUUGGUGUAGGUGCCCUGGAAGAGGAAGAUGAUGAUAUCUAUGCCACAGAAACUCUAUCCAAGUAUGACACUGUUCUGAAGGACGAGGAGCCUGGAGACGGACUCUAUGGCUGGACAGCACCCAGGCAGUAUAAAAACCAGAAAGAAUCAGAGAAAGACCUUUGGUACGUUGGCAAAAUUUUGGAUGGAUUUUCCUUGGCUUCUAAACCUUUAUCUUCUAAGAAAAUCUAUCCACCUCCAGAGUUGCCAAGAGACUAUCGACCAGUGCAUUAUUUCAGACCCAUGGUGGCCGCCACCUCCGAGAACUCACACUUACUGCAGGUAUUAUCAGAGUCAGCUGGAAAGGCAACGCCUGACCCAGGGACACACAGUAAGCACCAACUGAAUGCCUCCAAACGGGCAGAGUUGCUUGGAGAGACGCCUAUUCAAGGUUCAGCUACUUCAGUGUUAGAAUUUCUGUCCCAAAAAGACAAAGAGAGAAUCAAAGAAAUGAAGCAGGCAACUGACCUGAAAGCAGCUCAGCUCAAGGCCAGGAGUCUGGCCCAGAACGCUCAGAGCAGCAGAGCCCAGCCCUCCCCUGCAGCGGCUGCUGGGCACUGCUCUUGGCACAUGGCAUUAGGUGGUGGGACGGCCACCCUAAAAGCCAGCAACUUCAAGCCUUUCGCCAAAGAUCCGGAAAAGCAAAAGCGAUACGACGAGUUCUUAGUACACAUGAAACAGGGUCAGAAAGAUGCUCUGGAACGCUGUCUGGACCCCAGCAUGACAGAGUGGGAGCGAGGCCGUGAGCGGGAUGAGUUUGCCCGGGCGGCCCUGCUGUACACGUCUUCCCAUUCAACCUUGUCCUCCAGGUUCACUCACGCCAAGGAGGAGGAUGACUCAGAUCAGGUUGAAGUCCCUCGAGACCAAGAGAAUGAUGUCGGGGAUAAGCAGUCGGCCGUGAAGAUGAAGAUGUUUGGGAAGCUCACCCGAGACACGUUUGAGUGGCACCCUGACAAGCUUCUAUGUAAGAGAUUUAAUGUCCCUGACCCUUAUCCAGAUUCAACUUUAGUUGGCUUACCAAGAGUGAAGCGUGACAAGUACUCAGUCUUCAACUUUCUGACGCUCCCAGAGACAGCUUCCUUGCCCACCACUCAAGCAUUAAGUGAAAAAGUAUCACAGCACCGAGGUCCCGACAAAUCAAGAAAACCAUCCAGAUGGGAUACCUCUAAACACGAAAAGAAAGAAGAUUCCAUUAGUGAAUUUUUAAGUUUGGCUAGAUCAAAAGCUGGGCCACCUAAACAACAGUCCAGCCCCUUAGUAAACAAAGAGGAAGAGCGUGCACCAGAAUCAUCCACAAAUCAGACAGUCAACAAAGGUGUGGACGCACAGGCUGAAGGAGAAGGGAGCCGCCCAUCCAUGGACUUAUUCAGGGCCAUCUUUGCCAGUUCCUCAGAUGAAAAGUCCUCAUCCUCCGAGGAUGAGCAAGGUGACAGCGAAGAUGAUCAGGCAGGCUCUGGGGAGGCCAACUUCCAAAGCUCCCAAGACACUGACUUGGGGGAAACAUCAUCUGUGGCUCACGCUCUUGUGCCAGCACCCCAGGAGCCGCCACCUUCCUUCCCGAUACAAAAGAUGCAGAUAGAUGAAAGAGAAGAGUUCGGCCCGCGGCUGCCUCCCGUCUUCUGCCCCAAUGCUCGUCAGACACUUGAGGUUCCUCAAAAAGAGAAACAUAAAAAGAACAAAGACAAGCACAAGGCCAAGAAAGAGCACAGGCGGAAGAAAGAGAAGAAAAAGAAACACAGGAAGCACAAACACAAAGGCAAGCAAAAGAAUAAAAAACCAGAGAAAAGUAGUAGCUCUGAGAGUUCCGACAGCAGCGACAGCCAGAGUGACGAGGAAACCGCAGACGUGUCGCCCCAGGAGCUGCUGAGACGGCUGAAAAGUCUUCCACUAAGAAGGCAGUAAUUGAAUGCUGCCCUGGCUCAUCCUAGAAUCAUUUCUCCUCCAUGAUGGAAGCCCAGUGAUUGUUCAGUUAACGCAUUGUACAGGGUGUAUUUAUAUGUAAAUUCCUGCUGUAAAAUAAUUUUUAAGACCUUGACAUUUCAAAGACUGCCUUGAAAGGUCGCAGAAAUUGAUUUCUAUUUUUAAUUUCAGUUAGUAUCGGGGGAAAAAAAUCCAGACUGAACAGUUUAAUUAAAGUGGAAUUUUUCUA